AUGGUCCACCCUGCUACAGCGGCGAAAGAUGCCCCACAAACCUUUGAUUUUAUUGUGGUCGGUGGCGGGACUGCUGGUUGCGUUGUUGCUUGCCGCUUAGCGGAAAAUCCAAAAGUGUCUGUGCUCGUGAUCGAGGCUGGUCAGAAUAAUACGGCCGAGAUCCCGGAAAUUACUACCCCAGCACGCGCAUUUGAGUUGCGAGGUAGUCAGUGGGACUGGAAGUACAAAACUACCAUGAUCGAGCGUCCGGAAUACACCAGAAUUGAGCAACCCAACCCUCGUGGUAAGAUACUAGGUGGUUCGAGCGCGGAAAACUACUAUACCUGGGUCCGGGGCAGCGCAGCGACAUUCGAUGAUUGGGCAGAGUAUGGCACAGAGGAAUGGAAUUGGGCCAACACAAAAGACUACUUCAACAAGUCCGCGACGUACCACGACGACGAACAUCUUUAUCCAGCUGACCUUGUCAAGAUCGGAAAUCAGGGCGGCCCCUUACAUAUCUCGCAUUCAGAUAUGAUUCCCGAGGUCAAACCAUUUCGCGAUGCUCUACAAACAGCUUGGGUCAGCAAAGGCCAAGAACUGACAAUGGACGUAUAUAACGGCGUGCAAAAGGGCCUGUUCCCAUGUAUCAACAGCAUAUACAAGGGUACUCGGUCGAACGCAUCUGUCUUCGUUGAGGGGAAGGACAAUGUGACAAUCGUUUCCUCCACAAUCUCAAAGGAGAUUGUUUUUGAGGCAGAUAAAGCUGUCGGGGUUACAGUCAUAGACUCCAACCAUCAAGAGUUUACUUUUCGCGCCACCUUCGAGGUCAUUGUGUCCCAGGGUGUUUACGAAUCCGCUAAAUUGCUUAUGUUAUCUGGCAUUGGACCGAAGAUCGAUCUGGAAGCCAAGGGUGUCGAAGUCCUUGUCGAUUCUCAACAUGUCGGUCAAAAUCUACAGGAUCACCCCAUCAUGGCCCAUGUCUUCAAGAUUAAAGAUGGCUUUGGGCUUGACAGCCAUCUACUCCGUGCUGGCCCUCAGAAGCUUGGUGCUGUCUCUGCUUAUCGAAAAAAUAAGACAGGCCCUUAUAGUAGUGGUCUCCUUGAAUUGGUAGCCUUUCCGAGGGCCGACAAUUGGUUUGAAAAGUCGAAAGAAUAUCGGGAGUACAAGGCCCAAAAUGGCGGUAUUGACCCGUUCGGACCUGCUGGUCAACCCCAUUUCGAGGUUGACUUUGUUCCAAUGUUCAGUGAUUCUUUCCAGUGGCACUUCCCAGCCCCUGCGCAAGGUGACUACCUUACUGUCAUCGUCGAUCUCAUGAGACCCUUAUCCCGCAAUGGCGAGGUUAAACUCAAUUCGACCGAUCCACAUGAGCAGCCAUAUAUAAACCUCAAUUUCUUCUCGCACGAGCUUGACCUCAUCGCUCUUCGUGAAGGGGUGCGUAUGAUCGACGACAUUCUUAUGAAUGGUGAUGGUAUGAAGGAUAUCAUUGAGGGUGAUUAUCCAUGGCCAAUGCCCCGUAACUCGGAUGAGGCAAUGAUACGCCAAAUUCUCGAGCGGGCCCAAACUGGGUACCACCCUUGCGGUACAUGCCGCCUGGGCAAGGAUAUUAACCAGGGUGUUGUGGAUCCUAAGCUGCAAGUCUAUGGUGUGAGCAACCUUCGUGUCAUCGACGCAUCGAUUUUCCCCAUAAUCCCAGAUUGUAGGAUCCAGAACGAUGUUUAUAUGGUUGCUGAGAAGGGAGCGGAUAUUAUCAAAGCUAAGUAUCCCGAGCUAUACAAAUGA